GACAACUGUGGCUGCGGGCCUGGCAGGGAAGUCCACUGGAGCGCUGGAACUGAGGAAGCCGGCCUGGAUGUAAUGGAGUAAUGUGUGGUGACGUAGUAAGCUUGUUGUAGUAGUCGUGAGGCUACUUUCCCUAGUUUUUAGCAUUUCUUUUGAGCCACAAAUGGAACCUUACACGCGAAGACUCCAAAAGGAGUCUGCGGCGGUGUGUAGUCACAGAUUAGGCAAAGAUUUAGGUCCUGCAGAAAGUGACACUUAAUGGCGCCAAAGUGAUGGAGGACGCCAGAGAGCAGUAGCGCCUGACUUCCGGUUCCUGGUGUGUGUUGAGGGAGUAGCAAGCAAACUGGCCUGAGGGACGGGGACAGGUCUGAGGAAGUUUGGAGGAAAUGAUGUAACCUUUAGUUCAGAGUUCAGAGAGACAGGAAAUGAGUUAACAACAGUCUGUAAAUGUGUGGUGGAAAUCUGUAAAGGUCAUUUCAUGUUCCUCAUAAGGACGCAGCACGUAAUUGGCUGAUAUCGGCCUCGUUAACGUCCCUCAGCCUAUCAGCAGAUAUGAUGACAUCACAUCAGGUGAGGAAGAGGACGGUGAGGCUCUGACAGCUGGACGCCAGCGGGGACACGUCAUGUCAUAUUCAGUGACUCAGGACACAGCUCUGAUGUCACAUCUCUUUGAGUCUGACAUGAUGAAUGUCUUCACUGUCCUUACUGUCCCAACCUCUGAUGAGGUCCCGGUCCGACCCGGCUUGGGCCUGCGGGCUCGGGCAGAGAAUCUAAGCUCUACCCCUGAUGGGUCACCUCUUGGGUCGCCUGAUGGGUCACCUGAUGUGUCACCUGUUGGGUCGCCUGAUGUGUCACCUGAUAUGUCACCUGAUGGGUCACUUGAUGGGUCACCUGAUAGGUCACCUGAUGGGUCACCUGAUAGGUCACCUGAUAGGUCACCUGAUGGGUCACCUGAUGGAUCACCUGAUGGGUCAUCUGAUGGGUCGCCUGAUGGGUCGCCUGUUGGGUCACCUGAUGGGUCACCUGAUGGGUCACCUGAUGGGUCAUCUGAUGGGUCGCCUGAUGGGUCACCUGAUCUGUCACCUGAUGGGUCACCUGAUGGGUCGCCUGAUAGGUCACCUGAUAGGUUGCCUGAUAGGUCACCUGAUGGGUCACCUGAUAGGUCACCUGAUGGGUCGUGUAAUCAGCUCUUAUGUAGACACAUUUGAUUUCAGUCAGAGACUCGUCCUCACCUGAGUCCAGACUGUCUCGUGUCUAUGGAGACAUGUCUCGUCAUCAUGUCCAGCAUGUCCCCUCAGUCUCAGCUCACUUCCUAAUGUCUGUCUCUCUGUCCGUCCAUCUGUCUGU